AUGUUCCCUGCAAAUUCUUCCGGCAAGGGGCCUGUCAAGCUGGCCCCGCCUGGCAACUGCAAGUUCGGAGCAAAGUGCGCACUAGCGCAUAUCCUCCCGGAUGGGCGGCGCGUUAACAGACCAAAUCUUCCCAUGGGAAUGAGCGGCAGCCAUCUAAAUCUAGGUGGUCGUGUAAAUCCCCCACCGUACCACACCCAAGACUCCGCCCUCGCAAACUCCUUACUCUCCCAACAACGGAUAAAUGGUCAUCCCGCGCGAUUCUCGUAUCCGUAUCCAGGCCAGGAAGAUCUAUAUGACCAAACCCAGCAAGCGCCCAGCCCUUACGAUGUUGAUAUCCCGACGAUAGAUGCGGGGCUUGUGUCCGAUACAGGCUCCAAGUACGGCUCCCCCAUCGAGGAACCGAGGCUCCCAAUGUCACCAAUCGGUCGCACAGCUCUCGAUGCGCCUCUGCCAGCCUCUUUCGAUAGCCAGGGGAUAUCAUACAUGGCACGACACGGCCCCGUAGCUGCCUCCCUUCCCUCCAAAUUUGGCCUUGAUCUGUCCUCACCCCCUCCCCAACGGGCCGGUCCCCCUCCGGACGUGGUCCGUAAUCUUCAUGAUAUUGCAUUUGGAUUUGAUUCGCGGAAGCCAUCGAAUCUCGGCUCCUCGCCCCCCGUCUUUCACGAUGAGGGAUCAGCCCCCCGACUGAUGCAUUCGCAGCGUGUGACAAGAACAAAGAUCCUUUCAGCAAGCCUGCCGCGCCCAACCGCUUUGGGUGAUUGGGAUGACAGCUUCACUUUAGAGGAGGAUUACUUGCCGACGAACUUGCACGACGACGUGCUUACCCCACAAGAAAGGAUGAGACGGCUGUCACGGACGGAGCAAGAUAACAACAGCAGCACUAGGGAUUUCAGUGGCCUAGGUAUACCCGGAACAGGGUCCAGCAAAGUCGGGUCACCGCUUGCCUCCAGCCCAUCACGAUUUGGUGCAAUAUUUGCGAAACAGCGACAGAGGAAAGAGGAGGAAGGCCACGGCCUAGGUCAUGUUGGCUCUCCCCUUCGCGAAUCGUCCUUGAAUUUCCAAGCCGCCAGCCCCAGCCCCAAUCUACGCCCGAUCGGCAGCCGCCCUAGCUCCGGAGAUGUCUCCCCUUUCAUUGCCAGCCCUUCCCGCCAAUCUUCCAUGUCUAUGAUCUCGCAACAGCUCAGCAGCACCUCGCUACAUCCCAGCUCAGCCCGACACGCCUCUUCAGUUGGCGUGGGUGGCAGCGGCCUUGGCUCUGGUUCUGGACGACUGGACCGCACCAUUUCCUCUCCCAUCAGUACCAGCAGGAUCGAUGAGGAACAGAGUGAUCUUGUAUUUUCCAUGGAAGAAGAGGAAAAUAACAAACGGAAUAGCGUCAUCUGGAAUACGAAUACGAAUACCGAUAACCACAAUACCAAUACCAAUACCAAUACCAGCGUCACAAGCGGGAAUAAUGCUGAUAGUGCCUCGACGGCGCCUAAUGCAAGAGGGGGUCGGUCUCAGCGACAGCAACAGGAGCACGCCGUGGCUACUGCAACAAUACAGAGUCAGCUAGAGAGUAGUGGUACGAAAGGGAAGACACUUCUAAAGGAGAUGGAGUCGCUCUAUGGUGGGGGACGCGCAUAA